AUGAUGAGACCUAAGGAUCUGCGCCAGGGCUCUGGUACCAAGACCUUCCUGGAUGCCAUGCACAGUGGCAAAGUGCACCUGGCACGCUUUGUCCUGGACGCGCUGGACAACCGCAUCAUCAACUCCAAGACAGAGAACGGCCGCACCCCUCUGAUGUUCGCAGUUUGCCUGCAGGACCCCGUGGCCAGGGCCAAGUUUACCCGUCUGCUGCUGGAGAAAGAUGCUGAUGUGAACUGCCAGGACGAGUACGGGCGCACGUCCUUGAGCCUGGCCUGUGAGCUGGGCCACCUGGACAUAGUCAAACUUCUGGUGCAGUUCAAUGCCAACCCUGAUGUGUCUGACACCUGGGGGAACAGCGCCCUGAUGUACGCAGCCUACACCGGCCACAGCCAAGUGCUGGAGUUCCUGGUCAGGGCUUUCAAAAGAAUGGGCAUGAGGCUGGACCGCACCAACCAGGCUGGCCACUCUGCCAUCCAGGUGGCCAACUUCUUUGGGCACGACCAGUGUGUCCAGGCCCUGAACUCUGGGAGGAGGGGGGUGGUGUCAGAUGACCAACUAGGGGAGGUCGGGAUCGGGAAGGAGGCCGGGACAGAGCGGACGCAACCAAACAAGCUCACCAGGCAAGUUCUGGAGAGGUUCUCUAAACAGUUCCAUAGCACGGAUGAAGACCAGCUGCCUAAGGUGUUCCAGAGACAGCUGAGGGUCGGGGACAGCAAUGAGCUGUGGGCGCGCAUCAAAUGCCAGAAUCAGUCCCUAGAGAGAAAUGGCAAUCCCCUAGAGAGGGCCCAGUCGGAAGAAGAACAGGAUGACAUAUUCACAGCCAAACAGAUACAGUCACAGAACUGUAAGCUAAGGCACAUGAGGGGGGUUAAAACAAUGAGCCAUCGCCCAGAGCCAAGCCAGAAAGAUGUCAGCAGAAACAGAGGAAUGAAACAGGAGGUGCCAGAUAGUAUUCCAGUCUGGGGCAAAGCAAAGUCAUUUAACCUGGACCUCCUGAGCAGCAGAAAGCAGUCCUAUCAUGGUGAUGUGUGUGACAUGAGCCUAUCAGCCAGGAAAUUAAAGAGAGCCUCGCUGCAGGACGAGAGAUCCCUGAUAGCCAAGAUUGAAUGUCAAGAGAGCACCUGUGAGGUGACAAACAAUGCUGACAAAACUGUCACCGCGCCAAAACCACUUUUGAACGUCAAAAGUCAAUCUCCGAGAGCGCCCGAGGAUUCCACCAGGGCGCCAAAAGAUGAAAAUAAUGCCAUCGCUCAAUCAAGCAGGAGAGGGAGUGAGAAGCGCGGCAGCCUCCCUCCGAACGGGAGACUCAACAAACUCCUCUUCUACAGAGAAGAGAUAGAGCCGGAGAAGAUUCCUGUCCGUCCACCGGGGUUCACCGGGCUGGGGACCAGAUUACUGCGGCGAUUCACCGCCCCUGAGUUCAUGAGACUGGUAAUUAACUGUUCCUCCGGUUCCUCACAGGGCAGAGGGAGGAUGUCCCGGUCUGAGACUUUCCCCUUUUCUCACGCACACCAGAGAGUUAACAGUCAGCCAAGCGUGGACAGCAUUAGCGGGGUGAAAUGUGAAUUUGAAAGCAAUUCCUGCGGUGUCUCCCUCGAGUAAAAGGGAAAUCAACUGUUCAAUUUGGAGAAUUAGUGGCAGUCGAUUUGAUAAAGCAUUUUAGAUUCCUUUAUUCUUAGAUUGUUAAUGAAUGAUCAUAUAGCUAAGGUAAGCUCGUGUUUCUUGAGUUUAACGAGCACAUUGCUUUGUCUGUAGAUUAUUUGACAAAAUGCUAUAUUACACUAUUAAUUAAAUAUGUAGCGUAUAUUCUAUUGAUCAUGUAUAAUUAUUUAUAAUGAAUCAUGCACAGGCUAUGCUAUAUGAAUUGUAAUAUAUUUAUUAAAAUAUUUUCAAAUGUGACAGAAUUCUAAUUUCUGCAUUUGAUACAGUGUAUGUGUGAGAGAGGGGGGACGAGAGAAGGAAAGAGAGAGAUGGACCUGUGUGAAAGGGGACAUUAAACAUUAAACUGAAUUGGAACAAAAUAGCAGUGGUUAGUUUAUAAAGAUCAAGAGUCAAUAUGCAUUAUUUAUUGAUUUUUACCAAAAAAAAUAUAUUUUUCAUUAAUAUCCUACAUAGAAAUACAAACAUCUGAAAUAUGCUAUAUCACUGGUAAGAUUACAAAGACAAUGUGCAAUGUGUUCUCAGCUGGUGCACACAUUUUCUGUAGCAACACACACAUCUUUUAGUUUAAAAAGUCGGUCGCAACACAGUGGAAAGGAUGGUUGAGGCAAACAUUAAAACAACAUCCAGGCUUAAACACACACACUUUUAAAAUGUUAAAUUCAAACCAUAUAAGUACAGUGGCUGUUAUGAUGAGUUUCUUGGGUAUCAAAGAAUCAAGGAUGCAAGGAUAUACUUAGACACUUUGUAGAAAGUUAAUGCAAAUGUUUAAUGAUAGGUACCGGGUUCGUUACAACAAUGACCAGAGCUUUGCCCUUGGUGUUACGAACUGAUUUGAACAAAGGAGACACUCUCUCUAUAUAUACACUUGGUUAUCAUCUUCUUGGCAUACAUCUGUUAAAUCUCCAUGGGCACUCCCUGUCUUUGAUGUUCAAGUCAUAUAUCCUGUCCCAUCAAUUAUUCUAAUAUCAACCUCAGUAAUCUCCUUUGACAUAACGGAAUGUAGACUCCAUGGCUCCAAUCCAAUUAUCUAGUAACUCUUCCCUGGUCCACACAAUGCUAUGACAUCAUUACAAUCCACUUUUCUUUUUUUUGCGGUAAGUGUUAUAACUUAACCCCCAAGGAUUCACAUAACUUCAUGUAAAAUACAAUAUUCUCCAAUCAGUAGUAUAUAUGACUAGAGCCUAAACUAUGCUAGAAAACUGAGAAUUCACCCCCUUCUACCUUCUAUACCUGAAUCCAAACCUGAUUCUCAAUAUAUUUAAUCAACAAAGGUAUAAAUUCUCAGUCAUCUAUCUUAUGCGAUAUCAAACCUCUCAAACCUCUAUAACCUCAGUCUGAAUAAAAGAUAAACACAUAAUUAACUACUAUAUAUUCAUGCUAAUAAUAUAUGUAUUCAAAACCCACAUAGACAUCCCCCAUUUUAAAAUGACCCCUUUUUCUGAGACAUGCUACCAAGAAAACAUACAUAUAAAUAAAUGGUGACCAUCAUGACAUCAUUCCCACAAAUACAAAGAUCCCUGCCCAUUACUAAGUUACAUGGAUAUUACAAUCUGAACAUAUGAAUAUAAAAAUAACUCCUAAUACCUUCCUAUAUGUCUCUAAUAUUUCCCAUAUAAUCACAUACAUUCCCUCUUUAUCUACUAUAAUAGCAUCCAAUGCCAUGUGAUUAUCACUUACAUAGUCUAAUGAGUAACAUCUCAGACCCAAUUGCUUACAAACCCAUGAUUGUUAAAAUAUACAAUGUUCAACUCCGACUUUGUCCUCCUAUUAUUCCUGAUAUGACAUACACAUUAUAACACUCUAUUCUCACUCCCCGUUAAAUCAUUACAUCCCUAAACUAUUCAUGCUUUAAUAAUUCAACCAAAUUCAGAUCAUAUGAAAAUAUCAUAACCCCAUGAUAGGAAUCAAUUAAAUACUUGCCUAUCAACAUAGAUAUGUACCACUCUAAACAACCAUAUCAAUAUCACCCAAUACCUCAAAUGUAUAUAAUGACCAAUAUGCUAAUACGUUAACCCAAUUAAUCAACAUAUUCACGACUUCAUUCACAAUCUUCACCUCAACUUCCAUGUUUGAAACAGUAUGAUUCAACAAUGUCUACUCAAAAUAAAUCAUAUAAGUGUAUCCUAAGACAUUACCAUAAUGUAUCACUGUUUUAACCCAUAAUAUCUAUAUAAGACAGUCUAUACUAAUACAUACUAAUGAUUCACUUAAAUCACUCAUCCAUCUUAUAACUUAUAACCAACCAAAUUACUUAACUCAACCAAAUUUAAAAUGACAAUCCUUAUUGAUUCACUUGAUCCUUAUCAAUGAAAAUUAAAACCCUCAACUUUAUCACCCAUUACAACUGUCCUAAUGUACACUUAUAUUAACAUACAGUAUAAACAUCCAUAAUUCAAUUAUGACUUUCCUCAUCCUGAUAAUAAAUACAGAUCAUUAUCUCAAUGCAUUCUUAAUACUAUUAAUUUAUCAUUGUAUAUACCUACUACCCAAAUUAGCAAAUUUAGAUAAAUCCAAUUUUAUUAUCAACACAGCUAAGUAACCCCUUUAUUUCUCCCGGCACUUAAAUCUUCUGGUGUCUCUUCAUUAUGUUCUUCAGACAGCUUCAUAGUUCAAAAUGAAUUGCCUCUGACAAUGUCACAACUGCAAUGUCUCAUCCGAGUCACCACCUUUUCUACAACCCCUCGUCUUAUCCAUUAGCCAACCAUUAUUCCCACAACAUAAAAUGUUGUAUCUGAACAUAUAUUUCUCCAUUCUCACUCAAUGGUGGACUCCUUUCCCACUCCUUUGAGAUAAUAACAUGAGAAAAUCCCUUGAUAUCUUCGAUUGGUUGUUGUAGACCAGUUGCAUGUAGAAGUGGUAUUUUACAAAAACAUCUUCAACGCCUCUGAUAUUCAUUUUCAGCCGGUUCAUAUGUUGUUAUUUUUAUUUAUACAGUGGGUAGAACAAGUAUUUGAUACACUGCCGAUUUAGCAGGUUUUCCUACUUACAAAGCAUGUAGAGGUCUGUAAUUUUUAUCAUAGGUACACUUCAACUGUGAGAGACGGAAUCUAAAACAAAAAUCCAGAAAAUCACAUUGUACGAUUUUUAAGUGAUUAAUUUGCAUUUUAUUGCAUGACAUAAGUAUUUGAUCACCUACCAACCAGUAAGAAUUCCGGCUCUCACAGACCUGUUAGUUUUUCUUUAAGAAGCCCUCCUGUUCUCCACUCAUUACCUGUAUUAACUGCACCUGUUUGAACUCGUUACCUGUAUAAAAGACACCUGUCCACACACUCAAUAAAAAAGACUCCAACCUCUCCACAAUGGCCAAGACCAGAGAGCUGUGUAAGGACAUCAGGGAUAAAAUUGUAGACCUGCACAAGGCUGGGAUGGGCUACAGGACAAUAGGCAAGCAGCUUGGUGAGAAGGCAACAACUGUUGGCGCAAUUAUUAGAAAAUGGAAGAAGUUCAAGAUGACGGUCAAUCACCCUCGGUCUGGGGCUCCAUGCAAGAUCUCACCUCGUGGGGCAUCAAUGAUCAUGAGGAAGGUGAGGGAUCAGCCCAGAACUACAACGGCAGGACCUGGUCAAUGACCUGAAGAGAGCUGGGACCACAGUCUCAAAGAAAACCAUUAGUAACACACUACGCCAUCAUGGAUUAAAAUCCUGCAGCGCACGCAAGGUCCCCCUGCUCAAGCCAGCGCAUGUCCAGGUCCAUCUGAAGUUUGCCAAUGACCAUCUGGAUGAUCCAGAGGAGGAAUGGGAGAAGGUCAUGUGGUCUGAUGAGACAAAAAUAUAGCUUUUUGGUCUAAACUCCACUCGCCGUGUUUGGAGGAAGAAGAAGGAUGAGUACAACCCCAAGAACACCAUCCCAACCGUGAAGCAUGGAGGUGGAAACAUCAUUCUUUGGGGAUGCUUUUCUGCAAAGGGGACAGGACGACUGCACCGUAUUGAGGGGAGGAUGGAUGGGGCCAUGUAUCGCGAGAUCUUGGCCAACAACCUCCUUCCCUCAGUAAGAGCAUUGAAGAUGGGUUGUGGCUGGGUCUUCCAGCAUGACAACGACCCGAAACACACAGCCAGGGCAACUAAGGAGUAAGAAGCAUCUUAAGGUCCUGGAGUGGCCUAGCCAGUCUCCAGACCUGAACCCAAUAGAACAUCUUGGGAGGGAGCUGAAAGUCCGUAUUGCCCAGCAACAGCCCCGAAACCUGAAGGAUCUGGAGAAGGUCUGUAUGGAGGAGUGGGCCAAAAUCCCUGCUGCAGUGUGUGCAAACCUGGUCAAGACCUACAGGAAACGUAUGAUCUCUGUAAUUGCAAACAAAGGUUUCUGUACCAAAUGUUAAGUUCUGCUUUUCUGAUGUAUCAAAUACUUAUGUCAUGCAAUAAAGUGCAAAUUAAUUACUUAAAAAUCAUACAAUGUGAUUUUCUGGAUUUUUGUUUUAGAUUCCGUCUCUCACAGUUGAAGUGUACCUAUGAUAAAAAUUACAGACCUCUACAUGCUUUGUAAGUAGGAAAACCUGCAAAAUCGGCAGGUUAUCAAAUACUUGUUCUCCCCACUGUAUAUAUAUAUUUUUUUAGGGGGUAGAUCAGCUUUAAUAUUGCAGAUAGAUUGUAACUUCCAUCAAUGUAAUUGUCUGCAUCUCUUCCAAUCCCCCAUAUGUUUUUUUUCUCUCGCAAAUAUAUAUAUAUAUAUAUAUAUAUAUAUAUAUAUGUUAUUAGUCCCCUAGAGGUAUUUUUGUAAGUGAUGUAAAAAUCCUUGGCUCUCACCGGGUUAAAUGGGUGCUGAAUUACUGAAGGUGAAUUAAAUGUCAGCAAGGAUUUCUUCCUUAUUUUUUAAUGAGGAAAAUGACAUUUCUCAUUAUUGUCUGUUCCCUUUCUCUCAUCAUACCCUUCUUUCUUCUUUCUCUUCCAUCCACCCACCCUUCUCUGUCCUCCCUCAGUUUUGUCUCCUCAGUUCUUCCCUUGUCCACACUGCACCAUCUCCUUUACUGACUAUUUCUUCCUGGAGAGUCACAUCAAGAACAAACACCAGAAGCAGUACCUGGCCAUGUUGAAAAGCCAAGUCUCAAAGAGUAAAACAGUGUACGGCCCCACACACAGCUGUCCCCACUGUAGCGACAUGUUCCAUACACCACGACAGCUAGACAUCCACACCUGCGAGGCCCACCCCUCUGCCCUUCCCCGGAAACCUGCCCAUCCCCACAGGGUUCCGGGGAAACUCCACCCCUGCCCGCAGUGUGCCCGCAGAUUCCCGUACCUGGGCACCUUGCUGAAGCACUGCAAGAAUUUGCACAAAAUGGCCGUUGUUCGCAUCGAUGGACGCUUUGAGAAUUGCUGGGGACUGGGGCCUCACCAGUGUCACGAACCAGAGGGCACUAAACCUAAGGACAUUAAGCCUGUGAUCUGUCUGGAAGUCGGCUUCCAUUGCUCCGAAUGUGGCAAGAUCCUCACUACUCCUACGAGUCUGAACACUCACAUGCGCAUCCACACCGGAGAGAAGCCUUACGAAUGCAAAGAGUGCGGCAAAAGAUUCUCGAACGGCAGCAGUUUAGGCAAACACCUGCUGAUACACAAGGGGGUCAAAUAAUUCAAAUGCCAGGAUUGUGGGAAGGCUUUCGCCCAGGCAAACCUUCUCAGGAAUCACAUGACUGUUCACUCUGGUGAGAGAAAGUUAUCUUGCUCCCAAUGUGACAAGCGGUAUGCAUACAGGGGUAGUCUGGAGCUUCACCUGCGCGUACACUCAGGGGAGAGACCUUUCAAAUGUACGGUGUGUGGUAAAGACUUUGCUGACAAAUGUUAUCUGAAAACGCACCUGAAUAUACACAACAACCAGAAAAACUACCAUUGUGGGGUUUGUGGGCGGAAGUUCAUAAGGCUUGGGUUGUUGAAGUUACACAUGCGCUCACACACCGGGGAGAGGCCCUACCACUGCACAGUGUGCAACAAGAAGUUUGACUCUCACACCUGAAGAACCAUAAUCUCACUCACACAGGUGAGAAACCAUACACCUGCACCAAGUGCUGUAAAAGCUUCACUCAGUCUAGAGAUCUGGCCAAACACAAGGGCUUCCACACUGGGGAAAGGCCAUUUGAAUGUUCUGAAUGCCACAGACGGUUUAUCUGUUCAGGUUCUCUGACCCUGCACAUGAGGACCCACACUCACCAUGAUGUAAAGCCAUACUCCUGCCAAGAGUGUGGGAAGAGAUUUUAUGAACGGAGUCACGUUAAAGUCCACAUGAAAAUCCACAAGGGGAAACCGUAUUCCUGCCCUCACUGCUUUUUUUACUUUGCUCGCAAGAGCAACCUCUCCAAUCACCUGCCUAGAUGUCCUAAACGUAAAUGAGUUAAACCUAUGA